AUGACGUGUCGCAAGCGCAAAGAGUCCGAGCCAGGGACCAAGAGUCUGCUGAGUAACGCAGAGAUGAUGGCCCAUCACCCUACAGACCCCGUGGAGAUGAGACGCAUCAACUUCCAGACUCCAGGAAUGAUGAGCCACCCUCCCAUCCCCAUCAGCGAGCUGGCGGAGCACAUCGAGCUGCUGAAAGCCAACGACAACCUCCGACUCUCCCAGGAAUACGAGUCCGUCGACCCCGGUCAGCAAUUCACUUGGGAACAUUCCAACCUGGAGGUCAACAAGCCCAAAAACCGCUACGCCAACGUGAUCGCCUACGACCACACCCGAGUCAUCCUGGCGCCCAUAGAAGGUGUCCUGGGAAGUGACUACAUCAACGCCAAUUACGUGGACGGUUACAGGAAGCAGAACGCUUACAUCGCCACCCAGGGCCCGCUGGCCGAGACGUUCGGGGACUUCUGGAGGAUGGUGUGGGAGCAACGGGCCGCCUCCGUGGUCAUGAUGACACGCCUGGAGGAAAAGUCACGGAUCAAGUGUGACCAGUACUGGCCCAGUCGGGGCACGGACACAUACGGGACCAUCCAGCUCACCCUGCUGGACACCAUGGAGCUGGCCACCUUCUGUGUGCGCACCUUUUCCCUCCACAAGAGCGGCAGCAGUGAACGGCGAGAAGUGCGUCAGUUCCAGUUCACCGCCUGGCCAGACCACGGCGUUCCAGAGUACCCCACCCCCUUCCUCAACUUCCUGCGCAGGGUCAAGACCUGCAACCCUCCGGACGCCGGUCCUAUCAUCGCACACUGCAGGUACAAAAUCACACACCAUGACCUGGCAGUGACACGGCACUGA